CUACACUUUCCACACCUACCAACCCAUCAAUCAAUCACCAUCAUUAUGUCUGACUUCGCUCGCAAAGACUUCUCCACCAAGGCCGAGGAGAAGCUCACUCCCAACUCGACCAAGUCCACCGGCGAGAAGAUCAAGGAGGCCAUCACUGGCUCCGGAGACAAGAUCGCUCGUGGCGUCCAGCCCGACUCAUCCAAGUCCGACUCGCAGGAGAUUUCCGACAAGUUCGGCCGCUCCAAGGACCGCAACGUCCAUGGUAGCACUGGCGAGAGCAUUGUCGACAAGACCAAGCACGCCUUGGGCGCGGAUAGGCACUAGACGCUGUCAUUGACUCAGCCUCGGUGGUGUCUCGACUGGACCUCAUCUGAGCGUCGAGAGUGCAGUGGAGGAAUGAGAUAAUGACGGAUCGGAUCGAUGAGAUGUAUUAUUAAGGAUGGGAUUAUGAUACCAACCGGCCUCUACGGCUGAAGAAUGAAUUGAUCAAUCAUCAAAAUCUUUACCUU